AUGGCCAGCAUAGAAAAAAUCAACCUUGCAAAUAACUUUCUUCAUGGACCUAUUCCGACUACCAUAGGAAAUCUAACAAAGCUCAAGAUCCUAAAUUUGAACAUAAACAAACUUAAUGGGAGCAUUCCAUUAGAGAUGAAUAACCUUACCGAGUUGAAUGAUUUACAACUUAGUGUAAAUGACUUUACCAGCAAUUUGCCACAGCAAAUUUGCCUUGCCUCAUCAGACUUAGACUUGAUAAUAAACCAACUUGCUGGAAAUCUAACAAGUGAUUUUAGGGCGUACCCAAAUUUGAAAUACAUCAAUUUGAGCGGCAAUAAAUUUUAUGGCCACAUUGCACCUUUGUGGGGGAAAUGUCAUAAUCUCACAGCACUCAAGAUUUCCAAUAACAAUCUUUCUGGAAGUAUACUUGCAGAAAUUAGAGAGGCAAUCAAUCUUGGAAAACUCAAUGUCUCUUCAAAUCACUUGACAGGAGAAAUUACAAAAGAAUUGGAAAAGAUGAUCUCACUGACAAGACUUUCUUUAAGCAAUAAUCAAUUUUCUGGCAAUAUUCCUCCAAAAAUAGGAUCAUUGAAUGAACUUGAAGAAUUGGAGUUGGCGGAAAAUUAUUUCGUUGGAUCAAUCCCCAAAGAGCUUGGAGGACUAAAUAAGUUAUGGCUAUUGAACUUGAGCAAAAAUAAGUUAGAGGGAAGUAUUCCCCUAGAAUUUGGUCUCUUAAAAGCUUUGCAAGAACUUGACCUUAGUGCAAAUAUGUUAAGGGGAACAAUACCAACAACCCUUGGAAGAUUAAUGAUGUUGGAAUAUUUGAACCUGUCAAAUAAUAAUCUCUCUGACAUAAUUCCAUCCAAUUUUGAUGACACGACAAGCUUGACAUCUGUGGACAUAUCAUACAACCAUUUAGAGGGACCUCUUCCAAACAUUCUUGCCUUUCGAAAUAUUACAUUUCAAGAAGUGAGGAAUAAUAGAGGUUUAUGUGGUAAUGUCACUACUUUAGAGGCUUGCAAUAGAAAUGGCAUUAACAUACCACAUGGUCGUAUGAACAAAAAUGUGAAACUAUCAAUGUUAGUACUUCUUUGUUUUGUGCCUCUAGUUAUAGUAGUGAGAGCAAUUUCUUAUGUUUUGAUUCAAAACUCAAGGAAGAAUGAAAGUCAAGAGCAGGAAGAACUAAGUUUAAACAUUUUCUCCAUGUCUUGCUUUGAUGGAAAAAUCUUGUAUGAAAAAGUUAUUGAAGUUAUAUAG